AUGGCAUCACCAAAAUAUCAAUCAACUGACUUUCAAACACCAAUAAAAAAAAAGUGUUCACCGUCACCAUUAAGUUCGCCAUCGUCGAUUUCAACAACAUCAACAAAUCCAAAACAACGUUCAAUAACCGAUAGUAGUAAUAACAAUGAUGAAACAAUUACAACAAUUAAAAUGGAAGAUGGUAAUGAUGAAGUUAAAGUAUUUUCGGCAUCAACAAUAAAGAAAAACGAACCCGAUGAUGAUAUUGAUGUCGAUGGCAUUGAAGAUCGACUUUCGCCUGUUGUUGAAGAACCCACAAGUCCAAAUAAAAAUGAUACAUUCAAUAGUAGUAUUUCAGGUUUAUAUGCAUCGCCAUUUCUUUAUCCAUAUUUUCAUCCAAUGUUUCAUCCGUAUUUAAUGGCUGCAGCUGCACAAGCGAAUGCUGCUGCAUCAUCGACAGAUAAAUUAGCAAACGAUGGACAAAGUCAUCCAUCGAAUCCAUACGGUUCUGCGCCUUCAUCAUUAUCUCCAUUUCCAGGUUUUAAUCCAGGCAUGUCUUUUCCUUCGUUAUAUCCACCGGGAAUGCCCAAUCAUCAAUUUCGACCAAAUCUUUUUAAUCCCUUUGGUAUUCCGAUUCCAGCACCCGGUGUUCGACCUCCACAACCUCCAUCAUCUUCGUCUUCUUCAUCGUCUUCUAAUCGUCAUCAUCAAAAUUAUGAUGGAUCUCCUCGAAAUCUCAGCGCUUUACUUGAUGCACAACGACCUAAAAAACCUCAUAUAAAAAAACCAUUAAAUGCUUUUAUGCUUUAUAUGAAAGAACAACGUGCACGUGUUAUUGAAGAAUGUACAUUAAAAGAAUCAUCUGCAAUCAAUAAAGUUCUUGGACAGAAAUGGAAAGAAUUACCUCGAUCAGAACAAGAUAGAUAUUAUGAAUUAGCCAAAGAAGAACGUAAUCGUCAUAUGCAAUUGUAUCCAGGAUGGUCAGCUCGUGAUAAUUACGGUUUGAAGAAGAAACGACAAUCAAGCGGUAAUACACCAAUAUUAAAUAAUUCACAUAAAAAAGCACCAAGAGAAAAUAACUCUAUGGUCAAUAGUCCAGGACAUUUAAAUCAUAAUAGUCCACAUCGUUAUGGACAACAUCAACAACAUUUAAUCAAUAGUCCACAUAUGAAUUCAACGAAAAAUCCAAUGCAACUAGAGAAUGAUUGCUUAAAUCAAAAGAAAUGUCGUGCCCGUUUUGGAUUAGAAGGCCAAAGUCAAUGGUGUAAACAUUGUCGACGAAAGAAAAAAUGUACGCGAUUUCUAGAAGACGAUAUGCUGAAUCAUGCGAAUAAUAAUAGUCAUACUAACAAUAAUAUGUUAAAUAAUUAUCAUAAUUCAUCCUACAAUAAUCAUGGUAUAAGUGUUAGCAGUAAUGGAAAUCCGUCAUCGGUUAGUUCUCCACGAACAAAUAGAUCUGAUAAUGAUGACGAUGAUGAUGAUUCAAUGAAUGAACCCGAUGGUGAUGAUAUAUUAACAAGACAAGUAGAUUCCAUUGAAGACGAUGACGAUGAAGAAGAAGACGACGAUGAUGAACAUCAUACUAAUGACGAUGACAGUGAUGAAGAAAAUAAACAUCAUCAUUCUCAUCAUCAUCAACAACAACAGCAGCCUGUUUCACUAGUUUAUAAACCAAUUCCAUCGAAAAUUGAUUCUCAUCAGCAAGCAUUUCAACCACCACCACCGGCACAUUUAUAUCAACCUUCCAUGUUACCAUCUCAUUUUGCGCCUAACUUUCAUUAUUAA